AUGUUAGAGUCCUCCCUCUUUCAGGGAUUCGUAGCCUCAACCACUAAUCCUGGGGUCGUCAGCCUCUCUAGCUCUGCCAUCUCAACUGCCAUUGCUCCGAUGGCUUUUUGGCCACAUAUCCAUCCAUUUCUAGCUCCGCAGUCUUUUACUUGUCCAUCCCUUGUGCCACAAUUUGGCAAUCAAUCUCCUACUCUGAGAACUACCCUGCCGAUGAGCCCAGUGGAAAUGAUUGAGAUUGAGACAUCCAGUGAGAAUAAGCCGGCGAUCCCAAUGGAGGAGACUCCUAUACCAGCAUUUGCUUCUGUGAGUAAGGAAGAGUCCCCUAUAGGCCCACCUAUGCCUAUGGAUGUGCCACCAACUACAAAGCCACCUACAGAACCAGUCGAUACUUUAGAAUCUCCAAUUGCAGCCACAGAGCCUCUAGCGAUCACUCGUGUCCAGCUAGAUCCUUCCAUGACGAUGACCCUUAUUUUUCCUAUAGAUGUCCCAUUGCCUUUAGCACCUUUUCACAUAAUUACCUCUCCUACCCUUAGCCUGCGAUGUGCGGUGGUGCAUCUGUCGAGAUCCAUGGCCGUCAGUAUGGUAGCCACCUCAUUUGGCCCCACCAUGGGUACAUCCUCCACUACCCCAACAUCUCAUGCACCACCUACUACACUUGCUCCACCACCACCUGUUCCGCCGCAUGCACCCACCCCACCACCACCUACUCCCAUGGCUGGCAUGCCAUCGACUGCUCCACCAUCUCCCAAGUCACCAGUUGUGUCUAUCAGCGCCUCUGCGAAUGAUGCAUAUGCUACGCUCGCACCUUCUGAUGCUGAGAGUGGGUCUAAUGCCAAUGACUCUAAUACGCAUACUCCGUCUAAUGAUUCUGGUAAUUUGGGGUGUGGUGACUCUCAUUAUGAUAUAGGUGGUUCUACUGAGGAGGAGUAG